AUGAGAUUGACAAGAUCUUCAAAGCAACUUGAACGUUUUGGAGAUUCUAAGAACACUCCAGUGAAUACACUCUUACGCUUAUCAUGGAUAAUGAUAUUAUUAUUAUUAAAAGUCUUAUAUUCAGAAGCUCGUGGAAAAGUGACCAUUGACGAUGAUACUGGUUACUUUGUUGAUUCAAAUGGAUUUAUUAAACUAUUUCAUGGUAUCAAUUGUGUGCAUAAAGUCACACCAUUUUACAUUCCAAAAUUACUUGACCCUCAUACAUUCAAAGUACUUCGAGAUUGGGGAAUCAAUGUUAUACGCUUAGGAUUUAGCUGGAUAGCAUUAAAACCACAUGAAAAUGAGACCAAUCUAGAGUAUAUAGAUAUUAUUGAAAAAAUUAUCGACAAUGCUGGAUUAUAUGGAGUUUAUAUUAUCAUUGACUUGCAUCAAGAUGGAUUAUCGAAACGUCUCGGUGCAAUUGAUGCUGUGCCUUAUUGGUUUAUGGAUAAAAUAAAGCGACCACCCUAUUUAUUCCAAUACCCUUGGCCAUUAAAGAAAGAUCCAAGUCAAAGUGCCUGGUUUUUAACCUACGUCACAUAUGAGAGUGCACAUGCAUUUGAAAGUAUAUAUAAAAAUGUUUCAGGAUUAUGGAAUUAUUUUGCAGAAUAUUGGAGGAUAACAACUGAUCGUUUCGGGAAGAAAUAUAACGUUUUAGGCUAUGAAUUGAUAAAUGAACCACCACCUGGAAAUUUUUAUUUAGAUCCAUUUCUUCUUUUGCCUAAUAUUGCAGGUCAAAAUCUUUUAUUGUUUUAUGACUAUUUGGUGAAUGUUAUUCGUCAAACAGACAAGGAUACAUUGAUAUUUUACGAAAGUGUAACUUAUGGAAUAUAUUUUCCAUUUGUCAAUGGAAUACCUGGUACUGGCAUGCAACGUGUUCCUGGUCUAUUACAAGAUGAGAUGGCCAGAAAGAAGAGUGUAUUAUCUUAUCAUUACUACUGUUGGCUAUUGCAAUCGACACCAGCUACAGAGCAUAUGCCAUCAUGGAAACGAUAUUCGUGUGAUCAGCUUCUCUUAAAUUAUACAUUCAAAAAUGUGAGAAGUAUAGUUCAAUCCACUGGUGGAUAA